AUGACAGGCGACUUCAGCUUCCCCGAUUUUACCAACCACUACCCUGCCUCGGGCGUCCCGCCCUUCACGGAAGGCUUGGGUAACCUUCAACCUCUUCAACCUAACCCGCAAACUACCUAUGCGCCUCCCGUUUCUCAGCAACAGAACCACCAUUAUGGCGCCCCUGCUCCCCGCACUGCUGAGACCAGGACUCCUGAGUCGUUGAGCGGUGGCAGACCUGGGCAGAGCUUUGAAGAGCAGUCCCGUGUUGCUGCCGAGGAGGAUAAGCGCAGGAGGAACACGGCCGCCAGCGCAAGGUUCCGUAUCAAGAAGAAGCAGCGCGAGCAGGCUCUCGAAAAGAGCGCAAAGGAGAUGUCUGAGAAGGUCUCUCAACUGGAGGCGCGCAUCAACCUCCUUGAAACCGAGAACCGUUGGCUCAAGAACCUCGUCAUGGAGAAGAACGAAGGCAACGAAGACAUCGCCUCCAUGCUUAAGGAGUUCCAGAACAAGCAACCCUCGAAGCCUGCAGCUCAGACUACGGCCCGCUCGGAUCCUGUCAAGGAGGAGAAUUAG